AUGACCUCAGCAGGCGUCGAAAAGCGGCCAGGGACCCAGGAGCCGGCACAGCUCGUGGAGGCGCCUAGCCGAGCUCAGACCUCUGAGGUGACCGGGAAGGCUUGUCCAAUGAUGGCAGGUCAGUGCCUGGUCCCAGCCCAUGAGGCCUGCGAGACCCAGGAGGAAGACAGGUGUCCAACAGGAGCAGCCUCAAAGCCAGAGCUCCAGGAGAAAGAACUCAAGCAGGAGGAGGAGAGGCUUAAGCAGGAGGAGGAGAGGCUCAAGCCAGAGGUGGAGGCACUAGAGGAGAGAGGCCCCCGGCCCACGGCCUCCAUUUUGAGGCCCAGUCAUGGUCCGAAGAGGAAGCUGGUCAAGUCCCUCAGCCUCCCAGAGCCUAGCUACCAUGCCAAUCCUAGGGCCGAAGCUGAGCUGCUGCCAGGGCUACUGCUACAGAAGGAGGAGCCAGAGGGCAGCCAGAGUGAGUCCUCACCAUCUGCCAAACAGCACAAGAAAGCCAAGAAGCGCAAGACCCUGGGAAUCUCUGUGCUCCCAGCUACAGCCAACACAAUGCCUACACCCUCAGAGACUUUGCGGCUGGAGCGAAAGGCCCAGCGCCUACGGCCUCUGUACCAGUACAUCAACUAUUGCAACCCUGAGCUGAACCAGGCAGGGGAAGGGGAGAGGGAGGCCGAGGCCAAGGUGGAGGCUGAGUUGGAGCAGGCUCUAGUUCCCGAGGAGGCAGGUGUGGAGCAACUGCAGGCCUUGCUACCUGUGGCAGGUGAGCUGGACUCAAGUCUUGCUUUGCCCUGCCCCAAUACUUUAGUGCCGUCUACCCAGGUUCUGGCUCCCCUAGGAGAGGAGACUAGAGAGGAGCCUAGGGGUCUGCCCAGCUUGGGGGCGAGUGGCCACCUCAAGGCUGAGGAGGAUAAGUCAAGCCAGGUGGACAUUGACAAGAUGCUGAGUGUCUGUGCUGCUCCACUUGUCCCCCCGCUCUCUCCUCAGUACAAGUGACUGUCCCUCCCCACUGGUGGCUCCCUUCUCCGAG